AUGAGCAGCAGUAGUAAGAGCAGUAGUAACAGCAGUACGGGUAGGGCAGUGCUCACCAGUGGCGAGAAGGGCAGGCGGGCGGCUGCUGCAGUGGCAGCUGCUCCAAGGGCGGCUGCUGCAGUGGCGGCUGCUCCAGGGGCGGCUGCUGCAGUGGCGGCUGCUCCAGGGGCGGCUGCUGCAGUGGCGGCUGCUCCAGAGGCGGCUGCUGCAGGGUCGGCUGCUCCAGGGGCGGCCGCUGCAGCGGCGGCUGCUCCAGGGGCGGCUCCUGCAGUGGCGGCUGCUCCAGGGGCGGCUGCUACAGUGGCGGCUGCUCCAGGGGCGGCUGCUGCAGUAGUGGCUGCUCCAGGGGCGGCUGCUGCAGUGGCGGCUGCUACAGUGGCGGCUGCUCCAGGGGCGGCUGCUGCAGUGGCGGCUGCUCCAGGGGCGGCUGCUGGCGUGGUGGCUGCUCCAGGGGCGGCUCGGCUGCUGGGCGACUCGGUGGCUCGGCUGCCCGCUAGGGGCGGCGACGGGGCCGCGUAG